AUGUCACCUAGUCAGUUGGUGGCCUCUGAUCCAGUGUCUGCAUCCAGAUUUAUCGAAAAUAAGUUCAAGGCUAUGCUCGAUUUCAUAUGUUCUCCAGAUAAACCCAUUGGGGAAGUAACGCAUUUCUUCUGGAGGCGAGAAUACCAAGGUAGAGGAACGCAGCAUUUUCAUUUAAUGAUCUGGAUCAAAGACGCUCCGAUUUUUGGAACGUCUUCCAAUCAAGAAGUAGCAAACUUCAUUCUCAAAUAUGGUACUUGCAGAAUGCCAUCUAAAAAUGUUUCACCAAACCUCCAUCGUCGUGUUAAUACACAUCAACGGCAUACACAUAAUUCCUAUUGUUUGCGAAGUAAAGCAAACAAAAAUGGCAAAAUUGGAAAAGUGUGUCGUUUCGGGUUUUCUAGACCAAUCACGAAUAUUUUCGUUAUGCGAGAAGUGGCCAUUUCGAUUGCUGGUAGACGGACGCUAAAGUCUAAAAGCCGAUUGUAUAACCUGCCCCGCUCCGAAAAGGAAGCCAAUAUCAACGACUACAACCCGGCAAUUCUUACGGCCUGGGAAGGGAAUAUGGACAUUCAGUUCAUCGGAGAAAAAUCUACACUCCUGAAUCGGUGUGUCACCAAAUACGUUGCUAAGCCUGAAAAAAGCAACUCAGACACGACUUUCGAAGACAUAAAUUCUACGAAAUCUCUGUGUAGUCGUCUAUGGAGUUUUGGUUUGCGCAUGUUGAAUCAUAGAGAGUGUGGAGCUCUUGAAGCCGCAGAUACUCUAUUAGGAAUCGCUUUGUAUGGCACAGAUCCAGAAACUACCAUCAGGUGGGUUGACGUGAACAUAAUCAGAAAUAAAAAACUAAAAUCUCGUAAGGAAAUCGAAGCCUUGGAGGCCGAUUCCACUGAAAUAUUUUGUGAUUCGUUAGUCGAUACGCAUUAUCCCGCACGACCGAAGGAAUUGGAAGCUACCGACCUCUACGAUUUCGUACAAUGGUACGACAUAACUAAGGUAGAGCCCACAGGUCAAGAUGUAGAAUAUUAUACGAUGGGCAAGUCGCUGUACCUUAAGAAGCGUAAGCGUCCAUGCCUAGUAAAUCACUACAAAAAUAACGUGAAUAUUCAACCCGAACGUUAUUUCUACGCCUUGCUGCUACUCUUUCAACCAUGGAGAGAUGUAGAUGAACUCCGCAACGGGUGCGAUACUUAUGCCGAGUCAUUUCAGUCAAUGCAAUUAGAACUUGCACAAGCACUAGAAUAUCACGAACGCAUAACCGAGGUACAAAAAGGUAUCGAAUAUGUGAAGGAAAUGAUUGACAAACAAUUCGCAGAUAAUGCGAAAGACAAUGAUAAUUCACAAAAUAGCGACACUGUACCACUCGGCUUUGUACCUAUCGAGGCUAAAGGUGCAAUGAAAGAAUUCAAAGACGCUGCUGAGAAAGUCGAAACUGUAGACGUUUCAGAAAUGAUAAGCAAGCUAAACAUGGAUCAGAAACGAGUUUUUGAUCAGGUUAUCAAAGCGGUGGGUUCAAAUCAAAUCCUACGUCUUUACGUCAGUGGCGAGGGAGGAACUGGUAAGAGCUUCCUCAUUAAAACUAUCAGAUGCUGGAUUAAGCAGCAUGCUAGUAAAGAUACUGCAAUAAUCGCCCCAACCGGAAUAGCAGCAUUCAAUGUUGACGGCUUGACUGUUCAUAGGCUUUUUCAAUUGCCAGUUGAACACGGCCGCACUCCAAAAUACAAACCGUUGUCAGACGCGGUCCUCAAAACCAUACGGGACCAACUGAAAAACGUUGCCCUGAUAGUGAUAGACGAAGUUUCGAUGAUCUCGAACGUAACGUUUUUGUACAUACAUCUUCGAUUAGUCGAAAUCUUCAAUACCGCAGACUGUGAAGAUGGUUGGUUUGGUAAUAAGCAUAUUCUCCUUUUCGGCGAUUUGCUACAACUUCCACCAGUUCACGAGGGACCCUCGUUCACAAAAUUAUCGAACACCGAUGUCGAAAAACUCAUAGGUGCAAUGGGCAGUGUGGAUCUGUGGCGUAAUUUAUUCACAUACGAUGAACUGACGAUCAAUAUGAGGCAAAAGAAUGAUCGAACUUAUCGCGAGAUACUCUCACGAAUACGCCUUGGGAUCGUUACUGAUAUGGACACGAAAAUGUUGUCAUCGAGGAAAAUCAUAUUCAAAGCAACCGAGUUCAGAGACAGAAUACGAGAACUUUGCAACUAUAUAAAUAAUUUACCUAUCGACACAGUCUGUCUACUUCCCACGUGUCGCAUGUGUGAUGUUCUCAAUAAAGCUAUGUUGAGCGCAAUUCAGACUGACGAGAUACACUUAUUGGCUCAUGAUACGGUUGAUUGUCCACCGUACUUAAAAAAAAAAGUUCAGAAAAUGUUGAACACGGAUGACGAAGACAGUUCUCGAACUGCAGGUCUUGCAAAAAUGAUUAUUGUGAAAAUUGGCUCGAAAAUAAUGAUUAGACGGAACAUUGAUGUUACGUUAGGCCUCGUCAACGGCACUAUCGGUACAAUAACGGCAAUAUCCCGAGCUGCUGAUACCGGCGACGUAGAAACAGUGCAAAUUGUCUUAGCUACAGGCGUCGUACAUAUUUUGGAGCGCGUUGAUGUGAAAUUAGAGGUAAUGGAAGGCGCCUUUGUUAUCCGAAGACAAUUCCCUAUUUGCCUCAGUUACGGUAUUACAAUUCAUAAAAGUCAGGGCCUGAGUUUAAAGAAUGCCGUAAUCGAUGCAGCGAAUGGGGCAGCCAUUUUAGAAUACAAUAGAUUGAGAAAAGAGUAUCGUCCAGAUCUCAUACCGAUGCCUCUUACGUCAGUAAGAGCACAGAAAGUAGCUGACUGCAGAUGGUCGAUUGCAAAAGAUGUUGUCACAUGUCAGGUACCAGCUGAAGAAAAAACUGCAGCUAAAUUGUGGCAAAUAAAAGGCUUACGAAACGUCGAUCACGUUUCUUGCUACGCUAACGCAACGAUCCAAUCAGAAGCCCCGGUAAAUGUAUUUCCUGUCAGGGCACUUGCGGGUGAACACUUUACUGCAAAUGAGCAACAAGAUGCUUCAGAAUUUUUAGCCGGUUUAAUUUCUCACUGCGAUAAUCUCAGCAUAAUAAUUGAGCACCAGCUCACGAUAAAACUGCACUGCAAAGAUUGCGGUUACACUAAUACUUCAAUCGAACGGAGUAACAUAUUGUUACUGGCGCUGCCCAAAUCUUGCAAAAAACCACCGAGCUUAUCUGACCUAAUCAAUGAUAAUCUCUCUCACUGGAAAACGGUCGAAGGAUCGUGCGGUACUUCUAAUGCUAUUUUCAGUAGAGAAUGGAAAAGUCACGAAAAUGAAUGGUUACGGUAUAAAAGCAGUACCUACAGAGAAAAUCAUGAUCUGCACUAA